AUUUGCACCAGAGGAGGAUUUGCGAAGGAAUUAUCCCCUUAGUCACGCCAGACCCAAACAUAUUGACCCUGGGAAUUUACUUGAAAUAUUGGCUUCUAAGAGACUUGGAAAGUAUGCAGAAGUAUUCGAUGUUCCUUUAGCGCAAUUCCCAGUCUUCCCCACAUCGCUGAUGGAACCGUCCUAACUGCUGACCUUUUCAAGAUGGUGGCCCGCGAAUGCUACUCUCGGGCUCGCGCACCUCCCCAAGAUGGCGGCGCCCGAGGCCUGGCGCGCCCGGAGUUGCUGGUUCUGUGAGGUAGCGGCGGCAACGACCAUGGAGGCCACGUCCCGGGAGGCGGCGCCAGCGAAGAGCUCGGCCUCGGGCCCCAGCGCUCCCCCCGCCCUGUUCGAGCUGUGCGGGCGGGCGGUGAGCGCCCAUAUGGGGGUUCUGGAAAGCGGGGUGUGGGCCCUCCCAGGCCCAAUACUUCAAAGCAUCUUACCUCUGCUCAAUAUAUAUUACUUGGAGAGGAUUGAGGAAACUGCCCUCAAGAAAGGCCUCUCCACUCAGGCCAUUUGGCGCCGACUAUGGGAUGAGCUGAUGAAGACAAGGCCUUCCAGUUUGGAAAGCGUGACCUGUUGGCGAGCCAAGUUUAUGGAGGCCUUUUUUUCCCAUGUUCUACGUGGGACCAUUGAUGUGUCUUCUGACAGGCGUCUUUGUGACCAGCGCUUCUCACCUCUCCUGCAUAGCUCCCGCCAUGUCCGGCAGCUCACCAUCUGCAACAUGCUGCAGGGUGCAACUGAGCUGGUGGCUGAGCCCAACCGCAGGGUUCUGGAGACCCUGGCCAGUUCCCUGCACACCCUCAAGUUCCGCCACCUGCUGUUCUCUGAUGUGGCUGCUCAGCAGUCACUUCGGCAGCUGUUGCAUCAGCUUAUUCACCAUGGGGCUGUCAGCCAGGUGUCGCUGUACUCCUGGCCUGUACCUGAGUCAGCCCUUUUCAUUCUUAUCCUCACCAUGAGUGCUGGCUUCUGGCAGCCAGGCCCUGGUGGCCCACCCUGCCGCCUCUGUGGAGAGGCCUCCCGAGGCCGGGCCCCAUCCCGAGAUGAAGGGUCCCUCCUGCUGGGCUCACGCCGGCCUCGCCGGGAUGCUGCUGAGCGAUGUGCUGCAGCCCUGAUGGCCUCCCGGCGGAAGAGUGAAGCCAAGCAGACGGCCAGAGCCGCACCUGCCGCUCGGGUAACACGCCGGAGCACACAGGAGAGCCUGACAGCAGGCGGGACAGACCCUAAGAGGGAGCCGCUCCCUCCAGCCACUUCCCAUGAGGCUCCUGGCACCAAACGCCCACCCUCUGCUCCAGCCACCACCUCCUCUGCCUCUGCUUCCUCUUCUUCCACAUCCUCAUCUAAACGGGCUCCAGCUAGCUCAGCCCCACAGCCUAAGCCCCUAAAGCGUUUUAAGCGAGCUGCAGGGAAGAAGGGUGCUCGCACCCGUCAGGGGUCUGGUGCUGAAUCUGAAGACCUAUAUGACUUUGUUUUCAUUGUGGCGGGUGAGAAAGAGGAUGGGGAAGAGAUGGAGAUCGGGGAAGUGGCUUGUGGAGCAUUGGAUGGAUCAGAUCCCAGUUGCCUGGGGCUUCCAGCACUGGAGGCCUCCCAAAGAUUCCGCAGCAUUUCCACCUUGGAGCUCUUCACAGUUCCACUCUCCACAGAGGCGGCUCUGACACUGUGCCACCUGCUGAGCUCCUGGGUGUCUCUGGAGAGCCUCACACUCUCCUAUAAUGGCCUGGGCUCUAAUAUCUUCCGCCUGCUAGAUAGCCUGCGGGCCCUGUCAAGCCAGGCUGGAUGCCGCCUCCGUGCCCUGCAUCUCAGUGACCUGUUCUCACCACUGCCCAUCCUGGAGCUGACACGUGCCAUUGUGCGAGCCCUGCCCCUCUUGCGGGUCCUCUCUAUUCGUGUCGACCACCCUAGCCAGAGGGACAACCCUGCAGUACCAGGGAAUGCAGGGCCCCCUAGCCACGUAAUUGGGGAUGAGGAGAUACCAGAAAACUGCCUGGAACAGCUGGAGAUGGGAUUUCCACGGGGAGCCCAGCCAGCCCCACUGCUGUGCUCUGUACUGAAGGCCUCAGGUUCUCUGCAGCAGCUGUCCCUGGAUAGUGCCACCUUUGCCUCUCCCCAAGAUUUUGGGCUUGUGUUGCAGACACUCAAAGAGUACAACCUAGCUCUGAAGAGGCUGAGCUUCCACGACAUGAAUCUGGCUGACUGUCAGAGUGAGGUGCUGUUUUUGCUACAGAAUCUGACUCUUCAAGAGAUUACCUUCUCCUUCUGCCGUCUGUUUGAGAAGCGCCCGGCCCAAUUUCUGCCUGAGAUGGUUGCUGCUAUGAAGGGCAACUCCACACUGAAGGGCCUCCGGCUGCCGGGGAACCGCCUGGGGAACGCUGGCCUACUGGCCCUGGCAGAUGUAUUCUCAGAAGAUUCAUCCUCCUCUCUGUGUCAGCUGGAUAUCAGUUCCAACUGCAUCAAGCCAGAUGGGCUUCUGGAGUUUGCCAAGCGGCUGGAGCGCUGGGGCCGUGGGGCCUUUGGUCACCUGCGCCUCUUCCAGAACUGGCUGGACCAGGAUGCAGUCACAGCCAGGGAAGCCAUCCGACGGCUCCGGGCCACCUGCCAUGUGGUUAGCGACUCGUGGGACUCAUCCCAAGCCUUCGCAGAUUAUGUCAGCACCAUGUGAUGGGCCCAUGCCUCACAGGCCCAUGCUCAGUACCAUCAGCUUGCAGGGGCUGAGGCAUGGGCUGCCCAGAACUCCCAACCACCAAUUCUAUCUUUCUCUUUCUGUCACCUUUUUUCUCUUUUUUCCUUUUUCCCUUGCACUGAGGUCUUGGAGGCCUUGAUGGGGCCCUGCAAAGGCAUUCCCACAACUGGGUUUAGAGCCUUUGGGCUCCUUACUCAGUACCCGGGGCCAGGAGGUCACAGUGGUCAUUAAUCACUGAGGACAGCCCCCACCCCCUUCCCGCCCCGGGGUUCCUGCUUUCCCUCCUCAAGCAGUUACCCAGGCUUUAGUGAAGUGUAGGAGUGCCCACUACCAGGCCUCUCCUCUACUGGGCUCACCAUGCUGCUCCCAGGCCUCAGUCCCUUUCAUACCUUUAUUCCUUUCUUUUUUUUAACCAAAAAAGUUUUUCUUAUAAAAUAAAUUUUGGGCAAACAUCA